AUGGACAACCAUCGAGUGGAAAGCAACGCAGACCACCGGAAUUUCAAUGACUACGAUUGGAUGCCCCCAAUCACUCAUGAGCCUCACGUCCCUCAACUGCCCUAUCCAACGCCUGUUCCCUUCUCACCAAACCCGACUCCGACCGGCCAGACCUAUUCGCAACCGUACAUGUCAGCCGCGUCUUCAUCCUCCUCAGCGCCAGGGCCAGGAAGUACGCCCGCGGCAAAGGUAGCCAUCCCCCGACUAAUAGCCUCCGAUGCGGUGCUCCACGGGCGCCGGCGCUCAGCCCGCGCCUGCGAGCCUUGUCGCCAACGUAAAAUUAAAUGCGACGGGCUGCGGCCUUCCUGCGGGCAAUGUGUAUAUCACAGUCACCAAUGCUCGUACGAGGAUGUCAAACGAGUGCGCGACCAGAAACGACUGGGAUCGCUGGCGAAGCGAGUGGAUGCGUACGAAGCGCUUCUGAGAGAAUUAGAGGCGGAGGUGGAUCUCCCCACUGCGAAACGGAUUCGAAAAGCGAUGAAGUUUUGCCUUGGGGUGUAUCAGUCGAAAAGUGGGAAACCGUCGAUGAAAAAUGACGAUGACUCGGAUGAUUCCUCGACGUCGAUGGGAUCGCUGGAUGCGAUUGAUCAGGUCGAUGAGGAUCUCAAUCGGACAGAGGGUACUCGUGCAGCGGGCUUCUUUGGGAAGAACUCGGAGGUCAAUUGGAUUCGCAAGCUGGAAAGUGGUGUGAGUAUCAAGGGUCCGCAAGAGUCGACUGCCGGUGCGCCUAAUCCAUCUCACGUGGGAAGCCAUCGCGAUACGGCGUUUGUCCAGCAGCAGCAGGCGCUGGAAAGGCAAAUCCCUACUUCUAUGAUGGAUUAUCAUCUUGACGGUCUGGAUAUCCCGUUGAUUGAACCAUGCGAUCCAUUGGCUGUGCCUCCGCGCGAAGUUGCAGACCGGUACUUCGACGCCUAUCUGACCAAUGUCCAUCCGACAUUCAGCGCCAUUCGAAAGAUGACUUUCAUUUCUCAGUAUCAGCAAUUCUUUACCAAUGCGUCGACACCACCUCGGAAAUGGCUGGCCAUUCUGAACAUGAUCUUCGCGAUUGGUGCCCGCUAUUGCCGUCUCAUAGAUGGGCCACAAGGAGAAGAGGAGGAUCUGCUGUAUCUGACUCGGGCACGCCACCUCGGUCUGCACAGCAAUGUUCUUUUCGAACACACCGAUCUCCAACAGAUCCAACUCGAGCUUCUCGUGGCAGUCUACCUCCUUUCCUCCAAAUUCUCCAACAUGGCCCUCCGCUCCGCCCUCUCCCUCGGAAUCAAUCUCCGCCUCACAGACGACCGCACCAAAGACGCCGCCAAAGAAACCCGCGGCCGACUCUGGUGGUCCAUCUACUCCCUCGAACACCUCCUCACCUCCAUGACCGGCCGAGCCUCCUGCGUCGGCGAAGGCCUCUGCUCCGUCCCCGCCCCACUCCCCUGCGAAGAAGAAACCUUCGACCACCCGAACGCCAAGCGUCUCCUCCAAGAUCCCGCCCUCCGCGAAUCCCAACUCCGCUCCACCCUCUUCGAACCCCCCGCCCAACACUCCCCAUCAUGGGUCACCUCCUGCCCGCCCUGCCCAUCCCUAUUCUUCCACUUCCUCUCUACAGCAUCGAAGGCCUCCGCAAAGGCCCCAGCCAGUUCGGCUUCCAAAUGGACCGCUGGCUCGCCAAACUACCCCCCCUUCUACCAAUUCACCAUCCCAAACACAACCCCCUGGCACCUCAACCACCCCCAACUGGACGACCUCUCCGCCCCCUUCCUCCGCGAACGAGUCUCGCUAGCAAUGAACUACUACUCCGCCCGCAUCACCCUCUGCAGACCGUGUCUCACGCACAUCCACCAAUCCCGCCCCUCCGGCGAGAUAACCGCGCGCGCGAAACUCCGCGCCGAAAUGGCAACGCACUGUCUCCAAGCGUCGUGCGCGCUGAUCUCCAUCCUCCCGGAAACGCCGAAUAUGGUGUGGUUAGCGCGGGCAGCGCCGUGGUGGAGCGUGUUGCAUUUCCUGAUGCAGGCGACGACGGCGCUGUUGCUGGGACUGUCGUAUUGUUCGUGUGCGGAUCCGAGUCCGAGUGUGGUGACGCCGUUGCUGGAGACGGAUCUGGGGACGGCGAUUGAGGCGACGAGGAAGGCUGUGGCUUGGUUGCAUACUACUGCUUCGGUGGAUCGGGCGGCGAGGAGGGCGUUUGUGCUCUGUGAUGGGAUUGUGAGGAGGAUUGCGCCUGGGUUGGGGAUUGAUUUGAGGGAUUGGCCUGAUGGGAGUUCGUUUGGGGAGGUUUGUGGGCCGAAUGGGGGGAAUGGGAAUGGAUUUGAUGGUGGGAACGGUGGGAGGGAGAAUGGAAAUGGAAAUGGGAAUGGGAAUGGGAAUGGGAAUGGGAAUGGGAGUAAUGGCCAUGAUAGUGGGAGUGGUAUGGAAGCGUUUGAGGAGUUGGUGGAUUUUGAAGGCGGUGUUUUUUAG